CCUGCUCCACACAGAGGUAAGCCACCUCACUUACAGGCUGUCAGACAACACAGACCUGCGCGCCGAAAUUUCUAAUGCAGGUGUAUUCUUCUCUGGCUCUUCUCUGCACCUUAAUGGCAGCUAUAGUGGCACUAUCAGCCUGCUAUCCUGCAAUCACCGCCGACACGGUCCGGAUCAUGGCCAGGACUGCUGUGGGCAGAAUCAAAAAGAUCAAAGAUGAGCACUUCCAGAUGUCACCUGAAAUUGACUUUGGCCCUGAAACUGACACACCAAUCGAGGGGUUGACCUCCAUUUUGACGCAUCUCGGCUACCUGCAGAUGAGGCUCCAAGUGCCCCCGGCCCACCACCUGAGGCAGCUCCAGGCAGACCUAGAGACUUUGCUCAAUAAUCUGGAGAGAAUGGCCGUCUCUCAGGGCUGCCCACUGCCCAAGCCUGGAAGUAACCUACACAAAGACGAGACUGCGUUCCCCAUCACAUCCAACUACCUGUGCCUGCUGGAGCUGCAGCGGUACCUGGAGAAGCUCUGCUUGAACCUGGACAAGUUAAAAUCUUGCUGAAAGUCAAAGUAGCAGCACACAUGUUAAGCUUUGGAAA